AUGCAAAGAAGGUCUCUUUCACAAGCCUAAUCCUAAGUGAAAACCUCCAAGACAGUGUGCCAUGUGAUCAUUAACGAGCCAUGUCUCCAACUAAACCCAUUGAACAGCUCCUUCACCAUACAAUCGGUUUGUAAAGUCUAUAUAUACCCACCAUUGGGUUUAGAAGCAAAACAAAUCAUUCUUACCUCGAAGCAUCAUAAUUCAAGUUCACUUAUUUUUUCUACUACUUCUUUGAGAUCAUUCUGUUGUGAAGAAACAAAAACAAGAAUGGGUUUUCGCUUACCUGGUAUUAGACGAUCAUCAUUUAGUGCAAGUCAAUCAUCUAUCAAACAAGUGGAAGUUCCAAAAGGCUAUCUUGCAGUGUAUGUUGGAGAGAAAAUGAGAAGGUUCAUGAUUCCAAUAUCAUUCUUGAAUGAGCCUUUAUUUCAAGAAUUGCUUAGCCAAGCUGAAGAGGAAUUCGGUUAUUGUCAUCCAAUGGGAGGUCUUACAAUUCCCUGCAAGGAAGACAUGUUCUUACAUACAGCUUCUGUCUUGAACAGGAUAUAACAAAUUUGUAUGAUUGAUAACAUAGAUAGGGAUGAUAACAUAGGAGAGUAGGAUUGACCAGUUGAGACAUUUUUUGUACAUCAGAAAUUUCUUUGUCAAUUUUGAUGUUUCCUCUUAGGUGGAAAUCAUAAAUGAGAACCUUAUGAAACUAUAUUCUUGUGAA